ACCUGUGAAUGUCGAUGUCACUAAGCACAUCCUGGCCUUAAGAUUUAUAUGCCGACCAUGGUUGGAAAGGAAAGGUCUAUGCAUUACCUUUCUACUUUUACAAAUGUCUUGACUCCAGAAAGCAUUCCUGAAUUUUGUAUACCUCCCAGGCACCAAACUCAAAAAGAGCUCAAUUUAAAUCCUCAGUACCUGGCCAUUCAUGACCUCAGCAUAUCAGUGUUAGAAGCAGUAAGACCAAGUUUAUUUGACAUUCAUACCAUUCAAGUAGACAGUGUGGAAGAUACUCUUGAGGAAGAGAAUACUAAUGCUGAUCCCCAGUCACAAGCGGCUUUGUCAUUGCCCCAUCUUCCAAAAACACAGACCUGCUAUGGUUUUUGUACCUUGCUAGAAAGCCCUAAUACAAGAAGAAAAGAAUCACUUUUUCACAAUGACCCCGCUAUUCCACCAAUUCUUCUACCUCGAUCCCGCUCUAAUACUAUAUCUGGCAGAGGAAUUUCCUCACCAAAUUUCUGCAGCACUCUAAAGCUACGACCUCUUAAGCGUUCUGGAACUUUAGACAGUGACACAACAUCAUCUACCGACUCCUCUCCUUUUAGCUCCCCUCUGCUCCACAGAUCUCUCCCAACGGCCAUGUUAAAAGCUUUCGGCCAGGACAAUAAAUUGUCCAGGGCAUUAAAAAUUGGCUACAAGUAUUCUGCUCUUAGGAACAGUUCAGUCUCCACUGAUGAGGAUAGCUCAACAGACAGUAGUCCAUGUGUCACCAGAAGAGCAUCCCAGGAAUGGGCAUAUCAUGCUCCUGCACACCCCAACACUGGUCUGCUGUUGUCCCCUGAGCAAUUCCCCAUAGACAACGCUGUAACUCUGGAUACAGGAGGGAUCUUAAGGCUGUCCACUGAAUAUCGACCCGAAAGCCUGAGACUCCGUAUUCGUCUUGUCAGUGCAGAAGGGCUGUACAAAGAGUCUGUAGAUCCCAAAAACAUCAGCUGCUACAUUUCCAUAUCAUUAGUACCUGGCAAAAAUCAAAAGCAAAGAAGCACCCUGAUCCGUGGAAGCCGUAACCCAAUCUUCAAUGAAGAUUUCUUUUUUGAGGGGCUAGAGCCUGAAGAUCUUCUCCAGAAAACUCUGAAGAUAAAAGCCGUAAAUAAGGGAUGUUGUGUAAGAAGAGAGAAUAUCUUGGGAAAGAGCAAACUCCAUCUUCUUAAUGUUUUAGUGCUUUAA